AAAAUUGCAUAAUCUGCAAUCCUGGAACGAGUUUCCGAGUUUCGGAGUUGCCAAGAUCGCGAUUAGAGCCAACGGGUAUCUUUCGCGUAAUCGCAGUAGCUCCUCGGUCGCUUCCUUUGACUUGGCCACGUUCUAUGGCCAGGUCUUAUCACUCCCCGGCCAUCUAUAGCUGCAGUUGCACUCGCAGCAGUUGCAGUUGCGGUUGCAGCAGCUAGUCGCGCGUGCGUUCGCCUUUUGGCCCGCCUCGUAAUUAAUUACAAACGCAGUCGCAGCAGAUCGCGCGCUUCUCUUUUUGCCGGCAUCUCCUGAGGAAAACUCCACCGCUCCACUGCCCUGCCCAUUUACGCGCCAAAUCUUGAUUCCUUGGGUUAUAGACCAACAACUAUUCCGACGAGCUUGCGUGCUCCGUUGUCGCCGGCUCUUUUCUCCUCCAAAUCGACGACAUCUGAUUGCCUUUUUAUGGCUGAUUCUUCCAAAUCUUCAAUCAAAAAAUUUAUAAUCAACGAAAUUCAUAAAGACUGAUGUGAAUUUAGAUAAAAAGAAAAACCUGACAAAACCAAUCAGUGAAACCCAAUCAAGCUAACCGCAAGUGAACAAAGUACAAAAAUAUUAAAAUGUGUCAACUAUUUAAAAGUUAACCGAAAAGUGAUCGCUAAACAAACCAAUGGAGUCUCAGCUUAUUAGUUUGUGUUUCAGUUUUUUGUUUUUCGUCAAUUUUAUUUUGUUUUCCCACCGGCCAAAGUGCAUCGCGUUUAACCACAAAAAUGUUGCUGACAAUGCGGCGUCAAAAUGAACUGAUCGUAGGCAGCCAACAGCAUCCAUCAGUAGCAGCAGCAGCAUCCAUAGAGUCGGGAUCCAGUGCCACGCCUCCCCCACCAGGACAGAGCCUCAGCUUGGUGCCACCAUCAGUGGCCACAUCCUCGACCACAGCAUCUCAGCAGGAUUCUCUGAACACGCCAACGACCCCUUUAUUGGGUCUCAGUCGUAAUCCGCUCCAGUUUGCACCACCGCCUGCUCCACCGAUUGCCGUACCAGCUGCCCCGGCUUCAGGACCUGCUUUUGGUUAUUACCAGAGUCAGAACAGUGCGCUACCCAUUCAUCCAAUCCCUUCUGCAACUACUGAAGCUGCAGGAGCACAACCCCCACCCACACCCGUGGAGUUGGACGAGUACGUUGACAUAUUGCAAGUGCAACAAUUGCUCCUGGACUCUUCGGCAGCCGCUGCAGCAGCAGCUGGUAGCCACCCACAAGCUGCCGAGCAGCAGCAGCAACACGAACCGUCCUCAGCUCAACAACAGUCACAAGCACCAUUGCAGCAAGCUCCACAACAACAACUUGUUGCCAAACCGCGACCGCGAAUAAAUCUGCAGAAGGCCUCGGAGUACGCCGCUCAACUAGCUCAGGCCGAGUCCUCAUCGCCUGGCUCGCGUCGUGUCCUGCUUGAUUACCCGAAUCCCUAUUUGUACGGCAAUCAUUAUCACCACCAUACGCCGCCAAGUGAGGACCUAGUGGCCCUUUGGUUCGGCAGCAAUGGCUCAGGCGGCGUAGCCCCUGGAACUCCAUCAGCGGCCAUGAUCAUGGAAGGGCUUGAAACCCUGGUGGCGCCAACCCAUCACGCAUUCCUGCUCACCGAGUCGGCUGCGGCCGCCCACUUCAAUGUGCUGAGCUUCGACACCUGUCUCUUUAAGACGAGCACGGCGGCCCAGAGCAGCGGCAGCCCGUCCACAGCGGCGGCGGCCACCUAUCUGAGCCCGGCCCAGUUCGGCGGCAAUCCCGGUGGCAGCACCUCCUCCGCCGCCUCAUCAUCCUCAUCCUCGCUACUCCACUACAGCAGCGCCUCUGCCGCAGCCGCCGCUGCUGCCGCAGCCGCUGCAGCAUCCGCCAACAAUUCCGUUCUGCGUGCCCGUAACCAAACGGCCACGCCCACCCAGGGCGGCAGUCCCGGACACGUGGCUGUGCAGCCCAGUGCCAGUGCCACAGCCAGCAGCGGAAGGAGCUCCGCCUCGCACCUCAGCCUGUUGAACACAAGCAGCCAGCAGAGUCCCUCUUCGGUGACCGUCGAGCAGCAGGUGGAGGCCCACAAGCAGCUGAUCGAGGCCCUGCCCGGCGACCUCAACACGCCGGUGACCACUUCCAGCGAUAUUCCAUCAUUUUUCGGCCCCACCACAGUGGUGGAACCACCCCCAAUUACUGGAUCCAUUGAAUCCGAGGAUCUAUCGUUGGAGCCCCAAGUCAUUUCCGUUGGCAGUCCAGUGCUAUCUCAUUGCAGUCCCUUGAAGGAGGAACGUAGUACGCCACCAGCAUUAGCCAUUGUCAAGGAAGAAUCAAGUAAUAAUAGUUGUAAUAUGUACCCCCAACACAACAACAACACAACAUCAUCAUCAACAACAACUACAACAACAAGCAAACAGACAACAAGCGAAAGCAACAACAACACUGAAGGAGUUGGCUCUCCAGGCAACAACAAUACACAAUCACACCAACAGCAGCAACAACAACAGCUGCAUCACAACAACAACAAUAGCAGUAAUGCGAAUUGCCACCACAGUCACCAGCAACAACAACAACAACAGCCACACAUGAGCUCCCCGCAACAUCAACAUCAAUACCAACAACACCAAAUAUUACACCAACAGCAACAACAACAACAACAAUUGCCACAUCACCACCACCAUCAUCAUCAUCAUCACCAUCAUCACAGUCAGCUACAACAACACCAACAACAACAACAACAUCCACAACAGCAGCAACACCAACAACAACAACAACAGCCGCUACACCAGCAGCAACAACAGCAACUCCAACACCAGCAGCAACACCAACAACACUAUCAACAUGCCAUCCAACAUCAGCAGCAACAGGCUAGCAAAAUCUCAUAUCGUGGCAUUUUUACCACCACAGGCAACGCGAUGAACGCCGCAGCAGCAGCAGCAGCGGCGCAACAGCAGCAGCAACAGCAGCAGCAGCUUCCCUCCCCCCAGCUGAGCGUUCUGCCCGGUCAGAUGUCUCCACCCUCGAACAGUCUGGGCAACAGUUGGGGUCUGCCCAGUCCGGACAAGGCUCUCUUCCAGCCGCCCAUGUUCAGUCUGCCCGCUCACUACGCCACCACCAUGCAACAGCAACAACAGCAGCAGCAGCAACAACAACAACAGCAAUCUGCCUCGCCCUACGACGACGGACGGGCCGCAGUAGCCGCUGCAGCCCAGCAUGCUGAGCUUCUGGGCCUGACCAUGGAUUGCACGCCGCUCUUGCUGAAGCAACCGCCACCGACCUAUGCCGGAUCCACCGGAUUCGCCAGCCUGGCCGAGCUGCAGAGCAGCCACGAGCAGUUGCAGCAGCAGCAGCAGUACAACAGGACAGUGCAGCCCAAGUACCAGUGGUUAGACUCCCCGGCGGACUAUGCCCAGCAACAGCAACAGGUGCAACAACAACAGCAGCAACAGCAGACCCUGGUGCUGCCGGGACCCACGUCUUCGGCGAGUUCCAGCAAUGCAGCUCUGGGGGUGCUCAUUCCCAAGCAGGAGAGCUAUCCCGACAUGCAGCCCAGCUCGAAUGGCACGGGAUACUCUGCCGGAUCCGGAGGCAGUUCCUCAGCAGCUGCCGCCGCCGCCGCAGCAGCAGCCGCUGCUGUGCAACUGGCGGAAUACAGCCCAUCCACCAGCAAGGGACACGAGAUCCUGUCGCAGGUCUACCAGCAGAGCAGUGUGCCCCUAAAGUUGGUGCCCGUGAAGCCUAGGAAGUACCCCAACCGCCCCAGCAAGACCCCUGUGCACGAGCGACCCUACGCCUGCCCGGUGGAGAACUGCGAUCGCCGGUUCUCCCGCUCCGACGAGCUCACCCGCCACAUACGCAUCCACACAGGUCAGAAACCGUUCCAGUGCCGGAUUUGCAUGAGGAGCUUCAGCCGGAGCGACCACCUGACCACCCACAUUCGCACCCACACCGGCGAAAAGCCCUUCAGCUGCGACAUUUGCGGCCGGAAGUUCGCCCGCUCCGACGAGAAGAAGCGGCACGCCAAGGUACACCUGAAGCAGCGCAUCAAGAAGGAGAAAGUGCGUGGCGAGCAGCAACAGCAGCAGCAACACCAACAGCAGCAGCAGCUCCAGCAACAGCAGCAACACCACCACCAGCAGCAGCAACAGCAUCCGCAGUACCAGCACUCCCAUCACCACCUCCUUCAGGCCGCCGAUCUGGCCAUUGGGACGUCGAGUGCGAGCAUGUAGAGACUACAGAAUUCAGCAUCCGCCGAGGACAAGGCCAAGGGCAAGAUUCGCAAGAUGAACCUCGCCCUGGCCUUGGACCUCGACGAGAGCGCCUUUCCCUUCGAGCUGACCUCCGACUACGGCACCCUCUCGCCCCUGACCAGCCCCGUGCCGUUCAACUACGUGCUGGUGGGCCAGGACUCCAGCCAGCCCUUCUUCUACAAGGACAGGUCCCCGGACAAUUGAGGGGUAUCCGGCAAGGAAGGGAAACUGAUGCAACUGAUCAAUCGCCGAUGCUGAAUAAUCAUUUAGAGUAUACCGAUAGUCGUAAAACGGAGUUGUGCUACCAGCUACCAGCAAAAAAAAUAGAAGCAAAAUCUAUGCAAGACAUUAAAUCGUAAAGAAGCAACACAAUAUGCUACAAUUAGCCUAGUUAAUAUCUCGAACACACAACUUACUAAAUGGAGGGUUUAGCAAGAAGCACGCAGAGCAAAGCAAAGCAAAACAAAGUUACUAACCAUACAAAGCCUAACUAAAGCAAGUUGAUCAAUAAUAAUAUUAUUCGAUAGUUAUGAAAUGGGAAAAUAUUUAACUUAUGUCUCUAAUACUGUGAUCUCAUGUGUAAUAAUUAUUAAUUUUAAUUUCUUUACAUAACUACAAAUAACCAGAAACCAGAAAUAAUUUUAAAAAUUAUAAUCCUUUCGCCUUUGCCUAGCUAAUGUUCAUUUUUAAAAAAUGCUAACACAAGCACACACACACGCACACACACUAAUUUAUUGCAUUUUAAAAUAUUUAUACAAAUCUAUUAUAAUCUAUUAUAAUUAUUAACUUAUUGUCUUAAAGGUUUAGAGUUAGGUUUUAACAUGCAGCAGUACUCGAGCAGUACACUGCAGCAGAACACACAAAUCUUAGCAUAUCAUUUUUUCCUCUAAGCAUUAUGAAUUGCAUAAGUUACAAAACAAAAGAUUAAUUUUAAUCCGAAAAACGGAAAUGGAAUAUUCGUGUGCUAAUUAGAAACGAAGAGGAAAUCGUCUCGCCAAGUGAAAACUUAAAAUUGAUAAACGCCCCUUGUACUUCCUUAAUUGAUUCGAAAUCAAAACGGAAUAAUAACAUUUAGUUUUAUUUCAUUAAAAUAAGUUUAUGUUCAAUCUACUGUAGAAACUUAUUUCUCCUUAGUUUUUAA